GCCGCAUGAACAUUCUAUUGCCGUCAAUACUACGUACUACCUAUUACUUCGAUCCAGCUCCAACUUGACCACGACAAGGCCCUUUCCACCAUGGCACUCUUAAAGUACGCCAUCGCCGUCCUGCCAGCUUGGUCCUCAGCAGCUGUUAUUGCACCACAAGCCGACAACUCAUCGGCGUGUUACACCACGACCAUUUUCGCGGUGGUGGCGUCUUCGGAGAACACGACCCCGGCAGCAACUAAUAGUAGUAGUAGUAGCACAACUCUUCCCAUGAUGGUAACAGGAGUCAACGCAACAGGGACUGGUGGAGCAGCUCAUGCCACCAACAUCAACAACGGAACGAGCACAUGGGCCCCAACCGUCGUCACGCCGACUAUUGCUCCUGCUCCGAGUGAUGGUGCCGCUGCCGACGAAUUGAGCACGAGUCUCAUGGCUGCUGUGGUGGCCUUUGGAGGCUUGACUUGGGCCUUUGCUGAACUUUGA